AUGUCAUCACGCAACCGCCAAUCUCGCAAUCCCAACCGCAACUCGUCGUCCAGCACCCAAGGCGAGGAAGCCCAGAUCUGGUCCCAAAUCAAAGACGAGAUCCGCGAGCUGGUCGAUUCCAUCAAUACCUCCAAUGACCAGAUCCGCGCCAUCCUCGCUCAGGACUCUCUGAUUGCCAAGUCACGUGAAGCACAAGCUUCAAAAGAGAAUUCAUCCAAUGCUGAAGACAAAACCGACAUUGCAGCCCUAGAACAAACCCUUGACACGCUCAUCCGCGCCGGCGUGGGCGGUGCUGACAUCAGCAAACAAAAACUCCAAGAGGUGAUUGAGCAUGUCAUGGUGUUGCGAGCACUGGUAAAGGCGAGGGAGGAGAGCGAAGGGGUGGUGCAUAGCGUAGGCACGCCGGGACCUCAUUCCGGUAGUGCGGGACGGGACAGAAACAGCUCCAGCCUUUUGGGGAGCGGAGGGAGAUCGAGUUCGGCCCGGGGGCAUGCGGGGGGAAAGGGGGAUCGAGGAGGAGAUCGUGAAGGGAGGGGAGAUAGGGACCGUGAUCGGGACAAGGACAGGGAUAAACACAGCGACCGCGAUCUGAGUUCCAUGUACGACUUUGACGGCGCCGGCGACUCACCUGUCCCUUCUCCUCUCUCAAGUCACACCAGGAAGCUCGGCGGAGCCAACACUACGGCCGGCAGUGAUCGGGCUUCUACCGCCCGCGACAGCGUGCCUCCCCGCGACACGCCCUCCAAGGAUUCCGUCCCUCCGGAACCCAACACCAGCACCACGUCCAACGGCACCACCUCGGCAGGACCCACCACAGCAGGCGCCACCCAACGCGCCAAAGUCAUCUUCCACAAAGGCCAAGACGUAGUCUUCAAGCCCAAAGCCUCCCCGGCCUCAGGAAGCGAAACCACCGAGUGGAUGCUGGGGCGCGUGCAACAGGUUUCGGGCGAGGGCAAGUCUCGUCGGUACCGCGUGCAGGACGCCGAUCCCGACCUGGACCCGGACCAGCGCGUUGAAUACCGCACUUCUGCGUCGAGCAUGAUCCCCAUCCCCGCGGCGGGUGAAGAAGAGAAGAAGCUGCCCAAGCUGGAAAAGGGCAAGGUGGUGUUGGCGUUGUAUCCGGAUAGCACGACAUUCUACAAGGCGGAGGUGAUGGGAACCGAAGCCGAGGGCGAGGGAGAGGGCAAGCAGAGGGUCAAGUUGAGGUUUGAGGGAGAGGAGAAUAGUGGGACGCUACAGUUGGUGGAAAGGCGGUUCGUGGUGGAGUAUAGGGCUUAGAAGGCUGAUGUUGGGGAUGAGGAGGCGGAGGAUAGAAUACCUUUUACGUCUGAACUUUCGGCUCAACG